UCCCGCCCGAUCGCCAGUUACCUUAUUUCUCUUUCAAUAACUUCGAAAAUCGUAACAUUACAUUUAUGACUCGCCGAUCAAACCCUAAUCACUACUCUCCGCUCUUACUCCCUUCUCUCUCGUUCAAUACUCUACACGCUUCUUUGCAGGAAAUGGAGACAAAAAUAGUCUUUCCUGGUGUUUAUUCUGCUGAAUUGGUUGUUUGCACUAUGUGGGAGGCUCUGAGACCGGAUAUUUCUUUACUUGCUGAGAAGUGUCUUCUUUGGCUUCUUUUGGAAGCAGGGUCUUUGCCUGUUAAUGUUUUUCAAGGAUGCCUGAUCGAUGAAAGUCUUCCUUUUAGUUUAUGUAAAAAUCAAGAUAGGAACGUGCAAGAUGCUGAUGACUAUGAUGGUGAACCUAAGGAUGAUGGUGUUACACCCAAGGAUGAUGAUAUUUACGAAGAAGUUAAUGAUGGGCUGGAAGAUCAUAAUAUGUCUGGAGGAGAAAGUAGCGGUGAAGGUGAUCAGGAAGUUGAGGAUAAUUCUGGUUCAUAUGGUAAUGGAGGAAGUGAUGACAAUGACGAUGAUGAUACUGACAUGGAGGAGUACUCUGAUGAUGAUGAAGAAGAAGAAACGGAUGAGGAAGAUGAAGACGAUAGGGAAGAUGACAGAAGCAAUUCUGAAGACAGCACAGAUGAUAACAAACAGUUUCCACGGCUGAAGAACGCAAGGGAUGUUUACACGUCAGAAGACACAUUUCGUUUGUUUGAACAUGAACGUAGAAAGACGAGAACUCUAGACAUUGAUGUUAUAAGUGACUUGGAUUUACGUCGUAGAGGCCUUGAAAUCACCUACGAAGUUCGAAAGUCUUGGCAAUUUGAAGGGCGUUAUACAGUCACUGUGCUGCCAAUGGAUGGCAUAGUGGAGUGCAGCUGCAAGUUUUUUGAAUCGUCAGGGGUGCUCUGUAGUCAUUCACAAUUAGCUCUUAAAUGCUUGCGCAUUGAUAAGAUUCCAGAUUGUUGUAUAUUACAAAAAGACAAAAAUUUAACCCCUGGCCCUGCUGAAGGAUCUGUCACAAAGAACCAAGAGGAACGUCGUCAGUCUUCUCCACAUCACACAGAUUUUAACAGGUAUGCAGGUCCUGGACGUGAAAUUAUAAGUGGUUUUCAAUCUGAUGAGGAGAUAAGAACUGAUUAUAUUGAUCCGCCCCUACUGAGGCAUGCGAGUGAGAUUUUUUCCUCGAAUAUAUUCAGUAUGUUUCAAAAGGAGUACAAGAAAUCUGAAUAUCUUAUUGCUCGUGAGGCUGAUAUUAUUAUUGAAGAUGGACUUAUAGUCCAUUAUGUUGUGGAAAAACUUGGAAACUACAGCUACUGUAGUGCUCCGCGUCAUGCAGUAUUUGCAGUACCAAGUGAUGGCACGGUAUGUUGCAGCUGUAAGAAGUUUAUGAAAAAUGGACUUUUAUGCUGUCAUGCGAUCGUAGUCCUUGAUUACUUAUGCAUAGUGAAGAUACCAGGACAAUACAUACUCGACCAGUUCAAAAAAGAUGAGACUGUAUCUGCAGUGCAAAAAAUUCAUGGGUCGGAGUAUCAAAACCUGAUAUCUUUCUUGAUUUACAGAGUAAUUGAAAAAAUAUCUGAUGAAUUGUUUGUAAAGCGUAUUAGAUCUGAAGAAUCUGUGCGUUUGUUGGAGACACGUCUUGAUAAAGUGGAAGGCGUGCUGAAAUGCAUACAAAUUAAUCAAGAGUGUGUGCAUUUACAUGAGUCACGGAUUAAUGAGUUGAAAGACACACUGAAAGGCAUAAAAAAUAAUCUAGACUCUGAGAAGGUUGACAGGGAUAUUAAAUUGGCAACUGGAAAGAUUACAGGUGCUGCCAAGGAACCUACAGUGAAGGAGAGUACUGGCUCACAUAAUGAUAGCACUUCACAGGUGUUCGGAAAAGUGGAACAAUCCACUAAUAUUACUGAAGCUUCAAGCUGUUCUUCUCCACCAACCAACUUUGGAACUCAGAGUGAUGCGGCGGAUAAGUAAAAUAAAUUCUCCGCAGAUUGGGAACUACAUGCUUGGAAGGUAAAUACUAGUGAUAAUGGUUGACAAGGAUUGGUGUUAGUAUAAAUUUUGGAACUUUAUUAGUGUUUAUGGGAAUCUCGACUGACCCUUGGUUCAGAUGCAGCAGUUGUGUUUAUGUUCUGGGUAGUUGUGUUUGCACAAUCAUUUGCUUGUGUUAUGUUCUGGGUACACUUACAAUCAUGUGCUUUAAUCAUACAGUAUUUCUUUUGCAUUCAACCAUGUAUUCUACUCUUUUUUACUCUAUUUCAUGGUUGUUUCCAAGUAGAAAGACGUAACUAUUAUUAAUUAUUUGAUUGCAUGGAAUUGAAUAAUGCUAAUUAAAAAAUAUUAAAUAUAAUAUUAAUUCAAUUUUGUUUGAACAGUUUUUCAAUAAUUAAGUUAAAGAACUUUCGAUGACAACCUGACAGUUCGCUCGCUGUGUGUUUAUGUAGACCAAUGGACUGCAGCAGAGGAAAGUUCGCAAUAAUUUAGACUGAAAAAGCGAUUUUAAAAAUAUUAGUGUAUUUCACAUGUAAAUAGCCAUAGUUUCCCAAAAAAUAAAUGAAGUCGGUAUUAUUUUAUAGAAUGUAGUGGAGUUAUCUGCGAGGAAACGUAGAGAUCCAAGAUCCGACUUAUGUGUAAAUAUCUCAAGCAAAGUACGUGGAUUUUUAUAUUUAAGAUACAGCUCGACGCUUUCUGUGAAUGAAAAUUUAAAGUUCUUAUAUUUCCACAAUUAAAACGAGUAAUGACUCCUUCAACGUGUUACCCAUUUUCCCUCUUCUUCGAUAUUUCCUCUCCAACUUUAUUUGACUUUUUCACGUUCAUCAUCUAACUUCCACUUUUCACCAUUUCUAAUCUAUAUAUCUAUUUCAAGGUCUUGUAGAUCACAACUAAUAAUAAACGAUCGCUACGUAGGCAUGCGCAUUCAAAUUUUCUGGUGAAACUCUGACAAAAUAUAGAGUUCUUUGUGAAACGUAAUCAGGGGCGGAUCUAGAUCCAAAAUCUUAGGGGAGUACCAAACAAAUUUUCGAAAAACACCUAUAUAUUUUUAAAUUUUGGAAAGCAUUUCUAUAAUUUUGUGAAAUUUAGAAUGGUAAAAAAAUGUAAAAAAAAUUUUUUAGGGGGAGCACGUGUCUCCCGUGCCUCUUCUUAGAUCCGCCCCUGAACGUAAUAAUAUAGGGUCGUCUUUUAUUGGGAUGGUAAAAUAAAAAUGGAUAGCAUUAAGAUAAAGGAUCAUAUAGUUAGAGGGAAAAUAUAAAAUAAAUAAUAAAUAAUAAAGAAAUAAAAGAAACAUAUAUUAAUAUAAUACUCAGCAUCUAAUAUGUAAAUUGUAAGAUGAUAAAGAAUGAAAUCAAAUAAUUAGGAACGGGAGUACGAGUCGUAAGUCUUAACUAAGCAGCCAGCAUUUGACUAGUCGUUUCAAUAUUCCUCUAAGCCGCCACGCUAAUUAGACUCAAAAAUUAACACACACAUCACAACUUCUUCUUCCUUCAUCCCCUGCCGCGUUUCCAUAUUUCUCACCACCUCUUCUUUCCCUUCAUUUUCUCUCCUAUUUCAUCUUCAAUAUACACCUACAUAAACAAAUCCACACACAUAAACACAGCUGAUCAAUUACCUAGCCGUUUAUAAUAAUUAUCUAAAAUGAACAAUUUAU